CCUCGGUCACUUCCAAUGAUUGAACUUUGGCUUUAGACGUCUUUGUACACAGCUCAGCGCUCAGCUUCGUGCAUUGUCCUCGUUGCAGGCGUGAGGCCUCUCACAAACCCAAUAACAGCUUGGUUGCCCAUCCAUCAUUGGUAUAAAAACCCUUAGGCUUAUAAUUUAAAUCUGAAUCAUCCAGACUUCGGUACCACAGCACUCGUGACUCCAAAAUUUACCCUUGUAUACAUUCAUCCACCGCAGCACUUACAAGACUCAGUAAUCAUCAUGUCUCUUGGACUACCACCAAUAUCAACAGGUCUCAAGUCUAUAGCGCCGUACCUCCAACGCGCCGAGGAACUGGUCAAUCAACAACCAGUCGUGGCAUACUGGUGCGCGUACUAUGCAGCCCAGCUUGGUAUCAAUUUGAAAGUGAAGGAUGCUGCAUCACGCACACUGCUUCUAAAUCUCCUGAACGCACUCGAGCGCUUGAAAGCCCAGAUUGGCCCCAUUGACACCAUAGAUAGCGAGCCGGCGAGUGCAGCGUUUGUCGAGAACUUUGCCCUGAAGAUCUUCCGUAUCGCCGAUGAUGAAGACCGUGAAGGUCAUGCAACAAGAUCAACUGCGAAGAAGUUUCUUGCCGCAGCAAAUUUCUUCGAGGUCUUGAAAGUAUUUCCAACGGCAGAUAUCUCCGAUACGAUAGAUGGCAAGAUUAAAUAUGCUAAAUGGAAGGCAGCUGAUAUUGCAAAGGCAUAUCGGGAGGGCAGGAAGCCCAUAUCGGGUCCUGCUGGGUCUCAAUUUGACUUGGAACCCCUCCCUGAUACUUCUGGUGCUUCAGAGCUACCUCCGCGAGCUGAAAAUCCCAAGACCUCUCCUUCAGCGACGAGCCAAUCCCCCACACUGCCUCAAACGUCGCAUUAUCGGCAGACGCCAUCUCCGAAGAUGAGUCCAGAUGAUAUCACUCGUGCCAAUCUAUUGCAUCUCCCUCGCCAUGAUGAUGAGUCGCUGAGCCCUGGGCGUUGGAGUACGACAGCGACUCCAGGAUUCGAUCUUGCCCAGGAUAGCAGCAGCGUCAGUUUGGAUCAGGCAAACAACUGGCAUGAAACCCCUCUCAAUGGCAGAGGGAGUCAACUCCGUCAGGCCUGGGUUAGCACUGACGUGGAGGGCGCGACUGGCGAUGAAGAGCUAGUCCGAGAUCCGUUACUUAAUGGAUCAUCCCCUAGUUGGGUUCCGUUCUCGUCAUCUACUAGCGAAUCUCAGCCGGUCGUAUUCGAGUCCUCAUCUCCACCUAAAGAGCGGCCUGUUAUAUACACACCAACAACCAGAGAAGGGUCACCACUGCAAACCCGUGCUCGUGGUCCUUCAAUAUCCUCUCAAGAACUUCCGCUUGGGUUUGUACCCUCAACUCCAGUACCCCCGCCCCAUGAUUCCCCCUCCACCCAUGAUCCCUCCUCCACCCAUGCCCAUACUAUUGCACCUUCUUCACCUCCUCGCAUGGCGCUCCCGCCCCCAUCUUCACCUCCUCGCAUGGCGCUCCCGCCCCCAGCUCCCGCCCCUGUUCCCGCCCCUUUACCACUGAAUGAUUCUCAACUUACGCCCACUAUCAUUGCCAAAGCACAGAAGCACUGUCGCUUUGCUAUUUCCUCGCUUGAUUACGAGGAUGCUGAGCAAGCGAGAAAGGAACUUAGGGCUGCGCUGGCUCUCCUCGGAGGUUGA